AUGGCCUCAACGCCCUCAGGUCCCGGUGGAUCAAGCGGAGGAGCAGGCGGUGCAAACGGCAAUGGGACCAAUGGCGUCGGUCCUUAUCAUGGACCCGCAAAUGGCGGAGCGGGAUCCCAAGGCAACGACUCGAAUGGCAACGGCAACAACGGCCUCGUCUGGCCUGCCCUCCAUCUCCACCCAGUAAACGACACCUUUGCCCCCAAGCAGAUCUCUCUUUCUCCUCCCGGCCCGCAGAACAAGGUCAAGAUUGGACGCCAGACCAACGCCAAGACGGUCCCUCACCCCUCAAAUGGGUACUUUGACUCUAAAGUCCUCUCUCGCAUGCACGCAGAGGUAUGGUGCCAAGAUGGCAAGAUGUUCAUCAAGGAUGUCAAGUCCUCUAACGGGACCUUCAUCAAUGGGGAGCGACUCAGUCCUGAAGCGCAGGAGAGUGACGUGUUUGAGCUGCACAACGAGGACCUGGUCGAGUUCGGUAUUGACAUCGUUGGUGAUGACAACAAGACCAUUAUCCAUCACAAGGUGGCCUGCAGGAUCUACCUCGUCCUCACGGCGGAUGACGCCCAAGCUAUGCGCAACGAUUUUGGCAACCUAUACCGCUCUGCCGCGUCUGGUCACGGCGGACACGGGCCCAUCUCCGGCGGCGGUGGAGGAGCUGGAGCAGGCAUGGGAGCAGGAGGUGGGAUGGGUCCAGGAGCCGAAGGUGGGCUGAGAAGAGGCAAGGGAACGAUGAGCUUUGAUCAUAUUCUGGGCAAGUUGCAGAUGGAGCUGGCCCGCAGUCGCGAGCAAGGGCAGGAGAUGAAUACCCUCAACUCAACGAUUGGAGAGAUUCAAGAGUCGCUCGGUGGUGGUCUGCCACCGAUGCAGGAGCCGCCCUUCCAGCAAGUCGUCCCCCCUCCACAGCCCAACGGGGCCGACACCGCCGCAGUCGGCUCUUCCUCCUCCCCAUCCUCCUCUCGCGAUGGAAGCGGCGGUGAUUCAGCAGCCAUCGUGGCUGCCCUGCAAGCCCAGCUGGCCGAAACUCAGUCCUCACUCUCUGGUCAACAAGAUAAGAUGCGCGCACUUGAGUCUUUGCUUGCCGAGCACGAGACAGUCAAGAUGGAGGUGGGCACGAUUAAGAUGAGGAUGGAGGAGGCGCAGAGAGAACUCAAUGAGAUGGCACAGCAUAAGCGAUCCCUUCUCGCUUCUGCUGCGAGCGCUGGCGCGCAGUCGAGCAGCAGCGAAGAAGAAGGAGAGGACUUCGAUGAUGGUGCUAGUGUGGCUUCGAUGGACACGGUCACUCCUGGAGAAGACGACAGCGAGGGGAGAAGGGCGAACAGUGAUGACACCGAAGAGGCUGAGGAUCACGAGGACGGCCAAGUAGGUCCACGCGCUCCACCUGAUCUCCCGCCAGGUCUAGCAGCCGCCACUGCGGCUGCAGCGGCGGCGGCUUCUGCCCUCAAGACCAGCGACGGCAUGGACGAUUCCGCUACCUCCAAGUCCGCUCCCGCACCGCCCUCAGCUCCCACCGAGGACGCUGCCCUGGCAGCGCAGAAUCGCGCCCUCUCCACACGCCUGGACGACCUCGAAGCACAACUGAUCGAGGCCCUUUCCUUCGGUCGAGCACUGCAGACACAGCACAACUUGGCCACGCAAACCGUAAAAGCAUUGGAGGAGAAGGUGACCAGCUUGGAGGAGAAGGUAGCUGCUUCCACCUCCACUCCCGCUCCUGCUCCAGCUACUGCUGCGGCCGAGCCCACUCCUGCGGCCAACAGCGCCGAAAUGCAGGGCCAAAUCGCCUCGGCUUGGAAGAGCACGAUUGAGGCUGGAUGGGAGAAGGACAGGCAGGACUGGCGCGCUGAGCGUGAGAGGUUGAAGGAGGUCAUUGAGGCUUGGGAUAUGGCAAAUGGGAAGUUGGAGGAGCAGGCUGUCAACCAGGUGGCGGGAGGAGGGAACAAAAGCUUCGACUCCGCUUCGACAUCGUCUACUGACAUUGCUGCGGGUGGCGGGCCGGCAGGAAGUAGCGCGAGCAGCACGACAAGUAGCACGCCUGGCGGCGGCGGUGGGCGUCGUCGCUCGAGCAAGGCUGCAAAACGACGCGCGGCGAAGCGUCACCUCAACCCCGCACUCAGGGCAUUGCUGUAUCGCGACAACGGCGAAGGGGCUGAGGACGACUUCGCUUUAGCAUCAAGCGGGGAGGAGGACGCCGGCGGCACGCAAAGGGGAGGCGAUGGUUCAUCGACUUCGUCACGGGCCGCGAAGGGAAUGGCCUCCUCCCUCUUCUCGUCCGGAGGCAAGCGGACCCCCUGGACGUCACCGGAAGGCUCGAUAGCCGGCUCCUCCGCGAAAGACCCUCAUCAGCAGCAACAGCACGGUAUACCAGGUAUCAGCACCGCUAGACAACGCGCAGGCGGUGGAGGGCGUGGGGGCCCUCUGGAUAACAGCACGCACACCAUCACGGCCUUAUCAGCCGCUGCUGUGAUAGUGGGCGUGGCGGCUUAUGCUGUCAUUGGUGGAGGGGGUAGGGAUGCGGCGCAUGGCGCGGGUGGAUGGGCGACUGGUGGGUAG